AAUAACCAUUGUCAUUGAUUUCAUCAUUGUCACUGAUUUCAUCAUUUGACCCUGAUUUGUAAUUGUGGCUCGCGAGCCGCAGGUUGCCGACCCAUGGUCCAAUUUAAUAUAAUCAUCCAAAAUGCUUGCUGGUGCUUGGGAGUGCAAAAAAUCGGACAAAAAGGUAAAAAGGGCCCAGCCGGGAUUUGAAAUCGUUAAUUGUGUGCUACAGCAAAAAAGGUUGAAAAUCAUUGCUCUAAUCUUUUUUUUUACACAGAUUUGCAGCUAAAUCAUCAAAUGCCAUCAAUCGUUGAUGGUGCUGGUUUCUCAUCUGAAUCCCCAACAACAACAACAACAGCAGCAGCAGCAGCAGAAUCAUCAGAAUUCAAUUGGCCAAUUCAGGGGUCGGCAAUCUGCGGCUGGCGAGCCGCAAUUUCCCAUAGAGCCACAAGUUAUUGUGAAUUGUAAUUGACCCAUGGUCCAAAUUAAUAUAAUCAUCCAAAAUGCUUGCUGGUGCUUGGGAAUGCAAAAAAAGGGGAAAAGGGCCCAGCCGGGAUUUGAAAUCGUUGUGUGCUGCAACAAAAAAGGUUGAAAAUCAUUGCUCAAAUCUUUUUUUUACACCGAUUUGGAGCUUAAUCAUGCAAAAAGGGCCCAGCCGGGAUUUGAACCCGGGACCUCUUGCACCCAAAGCAAGAAUCAUACCCCUAGACCACUAGGCCGUUUUUAUCCCCCCGGAACCGGGACCGGGUCCGAGGGCAUCCAAAUUCAACCAAUUUAAACCAGUAGGCAGGAUUGAUAGCGUGAAUAUCUCAAAGUAAAUUUUUGUUGCUGGACGAAUGUACGCAAACAUUCACUUGGUAUUUGUAUGAUGUUGUGGUGAUCAUGAUGAUGAUGCUAAGAAACGGCACGGUUAUAAUGCAAUUCUAACUAGUCUGACCGGUUACGUCGACAACAACAACAACAACAAUAAUAAAAUGGCAUCGAAUAAUAAGAAUGUGAUCAUUAUUGUGUUACCAUCAAUAGUUGCCAUUCUUCUUUACUAUACAAUACGUAUCCAUCAAUUACAAUAUGAACAACAGACAUCCAUAAAGAUGAUAAUCGAUUCGUUAGAUCGACGACCAAAUGUUGAUGAUAAUGUUGAUCAAACACAUAGACCAUUGGCAUGGAUUUAUGGUGAAAAUAUGCAAGUCGGUUAUCUUCAUCAUGUAAUCGAUCUGUUUCAAAAGGUUGGAUUUCGUGUAUGGACACGACGAGAACCACCACCGAUUGAUCGUUAUGGUGAUUGGCAUGUAUUAUGGGCACAUGAAUAUCCAUUUACAGCCAGUUAUAAUCUACCGGAGUUGAAACCAUUUCAAAAAGUGAACCAUUUUCCCGGUUCAGGUUUCAUAACAAAUAAAGUUAAUCUGGCCACAAGUGACCUGAAACAUAUACCAAAAGCAUUUACAUUGCCACGUGAAAAAGAUGUUUUCGUUAAUUAUACACGUGAAAAUCCCGAUAAACUCUGGGUUCAAAAAGAUAAUAGUCAUCGUGGAAUACGUGUAUUAUCCAUCGAUAAAUUGGAUCUAGAUAAAAAAGGAACAUUCGUACAGGAAUUCAUUCAGAAUCCACUGUUGAUCGAUGGAAAAAAAUUCGACAUUGGUCUUUAUGUGACCAUUACAUCAUUGAAUCCAUUACGUGUAUACAUUUAUGAUAACGAAGCAUUACUUCGAUUUUGUGCACGUCCAUACACCAGCAGCGCUGGAUCAUUUAAUGCAUCCGACAUAGAUUCCUAUGUGGUUGGUGAUCAAUAUACACCAAUCUGGCAGAUACCAUCAUUAGCUAGUUAUUACACAGAUCUUAAUAUGAACAUGAAAGCUUCAUUGAAUGCAUACAUCCGAUUAGAACUGGACCGUGAUCCACAACCAAUUUGGACGGCCAUAGAAGAAUCGAUUAAAACAAUAUUCUAUGUAAAAGAAGAAGAAAUGUUACGUUUAGCCAAUGUAUAUCAGAAUAUGCGAAAUUUCUUCGAAUUAGUUCGUUUCGAUUUUACUAUCGAUAAUGAUCUGAAUGUUUACUUGAUGGAAGCAAAUAUGUCACCAAAUUUAGCAUCAGCAAAAUAUCCACCAAAUCGUUUUAUUUAUGAACAAGUCAUAUAUAGUUGUAUGUCAUUGGUGGGUAUAACAAGAAUUCCUGCCACUUAUGGUACAUGGUCCAAUAAACCUGCACAGCUAUGGAAUAUGUAUGUUCAUGAUAAAGAUCUUGCCAUUCUACCUGAUAUAUGUUCGGAUAACCAAUGUGAUCCACAGAAUUCAACAUCUUGCCACCAUGAACAUUGUGAUGUUUGUUAUCAUUGCCUUUCGGAUGAUAUUCGUAUAAUAUUGAAAGAUGCCUAUAUGGAACAAAUGUCACGUUAUCAUAAUCGUCGUUUAAUACCAUCAACAUCGAAAGAAUCACCAAUCGCCAUGUUAGGUCCAAAUACCUAUAUACAGGAUAAAUGGUUUAUUGGUAAAUGUCUUUCACAUGAUCAAUGGUGCAAUUGAAAAUCAAACAAUAAAUGCAUCGAUCUCAUCCAAAUGACAGUUCAUUUUUUUUUGUUUAUGUUUUUCUACUGUUGUUCCAUCUGGAUCAUCAAAUCUAGAUCCAUUAAUUGUAUGAAUUAAAAAAAAAAUCAUCCAUCACUUGGUCAGUUGAUUUUGUUAUUUUUAGCAAAAUGAUUAGGAUUAUUAUAUCUUUGUAGGCGUCAUGAACGUUGCCAAAAAAAAGUGAAUUUCAAGCAUGAAAAAAAUAAUAGCCAUGAUUCAAUCGUCCAAAAAUCCGGUUUUUAUAUAAAAAAAAUCCAAAAUAAACACCAUGAUUGGAUCCACAAGAUCCAAAGAUUGA